GCACCACCACCACCUGCACCCUCUCAAUCUUCGUCCCCACCCGGCCGUACCCCCCCACGCCGCUCCACCAUGGCCUCACUCCAGGGCAAGAAGGACAUGCGCCGCGCCGACCUCAUCGUGCCCUAUGCCGAGCCGGCCAGGGACAAGUCCGACGAGAACAUGUCCAGCACAAUGGCGAGCACGCUGCCGAUGGCUGCGAUAUUCACCCGGAACAAGAUGAUCGGCUGGGUGUCCGUGGUCUUCUCCGUGCAGUCGUGGCUCGCUGAGACCUCAGAGCAGAAGAAGACGUCGACCACUCCGGCUUACUUCUCCGUCGGCAUGGCUGUUAUGUCUCUGAUUGUCAGCUACUCUUCCCUCAUCCUGCCUCCCCCGCCCGGCAGCAUUGGUACAGGUACUGGAACACAGGCAGCACCGGCUGCGGCGCCUCCGUCGUAGUUUUUCACCAUGCAUGCAUGAAGCGUUGCUGUGGUCAGUGGUGGCGCGCUAGGUCGUGGAGCACAACAGGUGCACUGUGUAACCGUGUAGUGAGAGAAGCAAGCCAUGACCCACAGAGCGAAGCUCCAGCGAUGGAGGCCUAAAAUAAUACAUCCAGCGUUGAAUAGAUACAUGUAAUUCUCGCAAGCGAACCAGCUCCAAAGCCGAGCAUCUUGCAGCCUGACC